AUGUUCACACGUAAAGUUUUCACAUUUGAGACAGGUGUGAUGAACGAUCCAUUGAGCUUACAAGAAGACAAUUUCGAGGAUGAUGCUGAUGACGAUAACGANGAGGAUUUCUCGUUUCACGGUACUGAGGGGAAUGCAUACGAAGAGGAGAGAUAUGCGCAAGGAUAUGACCAAGAAGCGAUUCGUUCACGAUCAAAACUGACGGUUGAUGCUGGGUCGAAAUCGGAUUUAUCUCUCUCUAUUGGAGCAUUACCGCUGAAUCGGUUGGAAACAAUAACUGAGGAAUCACGAGUCACUUCUGAUGGUAACGAUGAACCCGAGCGUUCACGUGUCUCGGAAAAUCGACGAAUCGAGAAAGCAGAAAUGAUGAGGGCUGAUAAUAAAAUCUCGGAAGACAGUGAAUUUUUUAAGCCAGGUGCGGAAUUUUGGGUGUUAGAAGAGGAGAAGUUUAAGAAAGAAAGUGUUUUGACAAAAGACGAUUGGCGUUUCAAUAGAACACAUCAUGAAAAGGAACGCAGUUGGGAGCCGUCGAUCACAGAUUCAACUCCGCCGAUCCCAUCGCUGGAACCUAACAGACUUCUGAAACUUUGUUAG